ACUCCGUGUGCACGUGAACACCACGCGCCGGCACGCGCUGCCUGCGUGAUCACUGCCCCCUCAUUGGCCACCUCAGCCGCGCCGCCCGCUUCUAUUGGCCGCUCCCCGCCCGUGCCCCGCACCGAUCCGUUCAUCGUACCUCGAGUGUUCACAGCAAGGUUUAUUCGCCUGCUGCUCGUCGCCUGAACCAUACGGCUCUCGGGAACACAAGCGCGGAACGAAAACAUAACUUUUGUGAAUUAAAAUAGAAAGUUUUAUCCAAUUGAAUGUUAAUAAUUUAAUUAAAAUGUCUACACUGCUUGAAGUUUGUGGUCCUCUCUCACCACCGUCGACGCCGCCGUUAAUAGAGCACAAAGUCGACUUACCUUUGAAGAAGGCUGCAGUGAAGCGAGCCAGAGAGUCAUCACCGCCGACCGGCUUGGUCACACCUCAGCCAUCAGACUCUGAAAGCGAAGAAGAAUGCAGCAAGAGAUCCCGUUGCGAGUUAGAGCGAUUGCUGCUCACUACGCCGCCGCCGGAACCCUGCAGCAGACCUUCCGUCAUCAUGCGCGCGCACAAAGACGGCACCUGCAGCCCCGAACCUCUGUUACCACCGCCACCCAAAGAUAUGAACAUUCUGAAAACCCUUAAAUUCAAAAUGAAUCGCGGACACAGUUAUUCGCAAGUGAAAUAUAUUGCCAGUCAAACUCAAAGUGCACCACCCGUGUCCGAACCCGUGAGUCCUCCGGUGAAAAUCGACGAGGCCCGCGUACCAUCACCCCAUUUGGAUUGUCAAUCGAAACUGGCUAAAGAUGAGCAACGCGUACCUCAAGUUCUUCCGACUAUUGCUAGUGCUAGUGCCGCAGCCCCGGGAUGGGUGCCGCUGGCACCGCGGCCCGCACCGGCCGUAAUCGUCCCUGGAGCGCUGCUCCCGACCACCGCUCUAUGGCUGGUCGCUCCAGCCCCGGCCGCAAGAAGACGUCUCUACGAGUGUUCCCAUCCGGGCUGUGGCAAAAACUAUUUUAAAUCUUCCCACUUAAAAGCCCACGCUCGUACACACACCGGCGAGCGACCCUUCAGAUGUGCUUGGCCUGGCUGCGAGCGAAGAUUCUCAAGGUCCGACGAAUUGUCCAGACAUAAAAGAACGCAUACUGGCGAGAAAAAAUUCGGAUGCCGCGUGUGCAAUCGGCGCUUCAUGCGGUCGGAUCACCUCGCGAAACACGUUAAAAGACACGCCAAAGAGAGAGCGCCGCAGCAGCCCGUGUUAAGACUUCUUCCCUCACCCACCCUCGCUGUACCGGUCCCGGUACAGCCCGCGAACUAAUACGCGCAACGCCCAGACUGUGAUUAAGAUCUCAUCGAUCGUUACCUAGUUGUAGUUCUACUCAUCUUAAGACUGUUCUAUCUGUUAGAUACUUAAUAGUGCUUAGUUUUAAGUCAAUAUGUUAUUCGGCUGAUGUUAAGCUUGAAGAAAAAAUAAUUAAAAUGAAAUU